AUGGAAGCUGCGAAAGUGAUUGCAAAAGAUCAUGGGUUCUUUUUGACACAUUCAUCAACCAAAUCAAAUGAUGGCGAGAAGUACCCCCGAAUAUAUCUUCACUAA